CAAAGAUCACUGGAAGAAGCAGUGCUGGGCUCCCACUCUCUCUCCUGACCUCCUCGUCAAGACAGAUAUCGUGGAAAAGCAUCAGGUACCUCCCAUGGCAAUGCCACACAAUAUGGCAAAUAUGCCAGCACCGCCGUACCCAGGCCCCCCUGUAGACCCCAACAUGGCUGCCUAUAUGGGAGUCCAAAGUCAGCAAGUCGUGCAGACUGUUCAUCAAUCUGUUUACCAGUACCCCCAACAACAGCCUCAGAUCUUACAGCCUGUACACCAGGUGGUGGUGGUGCAGCCGAUGCCAACUGAUAAUCCUGGACAGAUGUUAUGUCCUCGCUGCCAAAACAACAUUCUCACUAAAGUUGAAUAUAAGAAUGGUGUACUCACCUGGCUGAUCUGUGGCCUACUAGGAAUCUUCGGGAUCUGGCCUUGCUGUUUGAUUCCUUUCUGUGUGGAUUCUUGCAAGGAUGUGCAUCAUUCCUGUCCCAUAUGUAACAACGUCCUGCAUAUCCAUAAACGCAGCUGAAACAGCAAUCUCCAGCGUAAACUCUGAAGAAACAACAAAAGGUAGAGAAGCUAGUCAUGAUCAAACAAACAUCUGUACAGGGGUAGGAUCUCAUCUUGAACCGUGUACUUGUGUAAAAUGCUUGUUUUACCUGCAUUACUCUCUAUUGUACAUAUGUGUAGCUAGAAAGUCCUGUAAGGCCUGUAAUAGAGAGACCUGUAAUAUCUUCUUUUCUUUUAGCUCAUGAUUUGAAAUGUGCAAUCACAUUGUAAAAAAUGUAAGGUGAAAAUAUAAUUAUCAUUACUAGAUUUUUUCUUGACUUGCUCUGAGUGAUAUCAUCUCACUGUAAUAUAAUUUAGUGUUAAAUUUAAGCAUUAAUGUAGGACGGCAACAAUUUCAUGAGUCUUAGUUUGUUCAAAUUUAGUCCAGCUGAUUAUUUUAUGAAAUGUUAUAUUUGUCUGCAGAGAAAAGCAAAAUUAUUUGCGUUUUUGCAUCUAUUGAUUUCAUUUAGAUGGCAUACUGAAUGUUUUUUUUAGUUGAAAUUUAAUUUCUUUGACACACUAAUAUAAAAUAAAUAAGUGUCACUAAAUAAAAAAAUAUUUCAACAUGAACAUGACAAUGCACUCAAAAUAAGAUAUGUAAGAUACACUGAAAUUGUAAAUAUAUAUAAAUAUGUAUAACAA